AAACAGGACAUUACGAGGAGCUCUUGAAGGCAGCACCACUUGGCAGCAAAUAGCCAGUCUGCGUCGAUGGUUCUGGACUUUCGACAUUUACAGACAAAGAUACAAACAUCCAGCAGUUUGACCACGGACAAAUAAUGCAGCUCAACAGUGUCUGUCGUGCUGUUUUCAUUGUGUUGUGUGCGCUGGUGUUUGUAGUAGUUUUAAUCUUCAACUAUCUGGCGGGGACGGGUAAAGCUCCAUUCCACUCCACUACUGGUAAUGUGUCAGGCCGCUAUGAGACAGACAUCACUCCAGCUGGCUGGACCUUCUCUAUCUGGGGCGUCAUCUACACCUGGCUGUCCCUCAUGGUCAUAUACAUCACCACCUAUUCAUGUAGAGGAACCUGGGCUCUGUGUCUUCUGCCGUACGCCUUCUAUGGCAGCUGGCUGGCCAACAUAGUGAUGAACGUGAUCUGGCUGCUGCUGUGGGACAGAGAGAUGAUGGUGGUUGCUCUGGUUGUGCUGGCACUAAUAGCAGUCUCCAACUACAGUGCCUUGUUCUUCUGCUGCUUUGCCACGGAUUACUAUGGACUCUGGCUCAAGACAUAUUAUCCCAAAGACCUUUUCUGUCUCAGAGUGCUGGUCCAGAAUGGUUUGGCUCUUUAUGCAACCUGGACAUCCAUCGCUACCCUGAUCAACUUCUCCCUGGUCCUGAACCUAUGGGGUGUGGCCAAGAGCACUGCAGCAACAGCCUCUCUGUGCAUCCUGUUUGCAGAGCUGGUGGGAUGGUUUAUCCUGGAGAACUGUGUGUUGGAUCGCUGGGUGCGCAGCAUCCUCACAGUCUAUCCUGUGGUGAUUGUGGCACUGGUUGGAAACAUCACCAAACACCUGGACCGAGCUGACCCUAGUCCCAAUGCUAUUUUUAUGGUGAUACUGCUGCUGUUGACCUGUGUUAUGCUGCUGAUCCGAGUCACCGUGGUAACCUGCAGAAACAAGAGGAAGCCUCUCUUCUCUCCCAGUUCAACUCGGAAGAUGGUGUCACCCUGCGAUCGCAUCAAGAUCAUCUUUUAAAGAACAGGAAUCUGUCUGCUACUUCCUCAUUUUCUCCUCAUGGCAUGCUAAAUGAAGACAUUUACAGACUUUUUCUAAUACUUUUUUAUGGCAUGUUUUCACGUAUAGAAUUUUUUGCUUUUGCACUCAGUAUAAAAUACAUUUAAAUGGUUUAGUUUGAAGUAUUUUCUUCUGCAAAAUAAUACAAUGUAUUUAGCGCAACCAACCACAGGUUAUCAUUCAAACCAGUCUGGUGUAAUUACAUUUAGUGGAACGAGCAUGAUGUCCUGCUGUGGAAUUUGAAGUGGUGGAUACAUGCCUAGAGACAGCAGUUUGAUGAGUGAAUGUUGAUACCUGGGUCACAAAUAGUAGUUCCUUCAGUUUAGGCUUUAUAUCUUGCAAACUGAAGAUACAACUUGGCUUUUAGUUCAGGAACAACCCCUCUUUUUUACUUUAAUCACAAGUAAACCCAUCUCUGCUACUUUCAUGUAUUUUAUAAGCAUGCUUCUUUUCACUGCUCUUGACUGUGUUUAACCAAGGUGCCUUAAGGUUUAACACUCAUCCUGUUGUGCAUGACCUGGUUGCCUGGCCUGCACUGACCACACAUGGCCUGAUUCACUAGUACACCCUGAGUUAUAAAACUAGUUCUGUGCUCUUACCAUCUUACUUGUGGAGCUUCAUCAGUUAAAAAAGGGCCCCUGCCUGUUGCUUGUGAUCACAGACUUUAUAACUGUUUUCUGUUGUGUCUGUCCGUGCUGAAUUAGGAAGAAGCUUUUAUGUUUGCCGAACCUCUCUAAUGUUUGGGGUAUGCUGUCACUUUGUUUUAUUCUUUUUAGGCAGCCUGUAUUAACAAAAUCAAAAUAUUAGCUUUUUUCUCAUUUCAGUCACCGUCCCACAAAUUGUUUUCAUUGUUCCCAAAUUUACAUGUUGUGUGUCUUGUGCUUUUUUUUUUUUUUUUUUUUUUAAACUGUUGAUAUGCAGUGCUGCCUAACUUGGCCAGGACACUCCUGUGAGAUAUGUCAUAUCUCAGUGAGGUGUUUCCUGCUUACAUUAGGUGUCAAUAAAAUAAAUAAAAACUGUCCAUUUGCUGAAAAUGAAACUGACCAAAUUUACUUGCCUAAACCUCUGACCCUCAACUAAAUUUUCUAUAUUUUGUCUGAACUACAAUUGGUUGAAAUUCUGUAUCCUGUUCAUUCUGCUGUGACAUCGUCUUUUCACAGUGGAGAAAUGUAAGCUUGCAUUCCUUUUGUCCAGAUGAUCUUUUGUGAUGGCUCAUUUUAACCUUGUCAUAUUGUAUACUGCCAACUUACAAAGACCUACUGAAUGAGAUGGACAAUCUGUUGUUUUUUUUUAUUGUUAUAUUCAAAAGUUAAU